AUGGAGCAACAAUCUCAGGUGGAAUAUUAUAAAUUUCUCAACUUUCUUCUAUUUUUUGGUUUUGUUUGAUUUUUCAUUCAUUGUCCGAAAUAUUCGAUAUCAUAAUUUUUGAACCUUUUCAGUCAUACAAAAACAUAAUUUUUCAGUGUCAACAACAACAACAAGUCAGCGAUUUUUCGCAAUCUGCCGGGAUCAAACGGUCAUUGGAACUGGAAAACGAUGGGAUGAUUCCAGCAAAGAAAGCGCCUGAAGCAGCAACAUUUGCCGAUGAGCGUUAUGUCGAAACCUACGACAUUCCGGAAAACUAUGUUGGCCUAGUUAUUGGUAAAUCUGGUUCCGAAAUUCGAAACAUUCAGCAAAUGUCUUGCGCUCGUGUUCAAAUGGAUCCAGACGGUACAACGAGAGAUGGAAAAAGAGGAUGUACAUUGGAAGGAAAUGCUGAACAAAUCAAUGCUGCGAAACAACUCAUUAAUCAAGUUAUUGCUCGUUACAACAAUAAUAACACAAUGAACAAACAAAUGCAUGUUCCAUCAUCAGCAGAUAUAACUAUUGAAAUGAUGAUUCCAGCUGAAAGAUGUGGAUGGGUUAUUGGAAGAGCUGGAGAUAAUAUCAAAUUGCUUCAGGAACAAUCUGGCUGUCGUAUGAAUAUUGUUCAAGCUUCGCAAUCUAUCACAGGUCAACCAAAACCUUUGAGAAUAACUGGAACACCAGAUGCGGUAUUUUUCUACAAUUAAAAAUCGCAAAGUUCCCAUUGUAAAAUUACAGGUCGAAACUGCUAAAGCGCUUGUAAACAAUAUUUUGACAAAUACAAAUAUGAUGAAUACUAUUUCAAAUAGCAGACCAACAAGUCAUUAUGCAAGUGGCGAUCAGGCAAAAGGUGAAGUUAUUGUUCCACGUGAUUCGGCUGGUUUGAUUAUUGGAAAAGGAGGAGAUGUUAUUCGACGAUUGGCGCAAGAAACUGGUACUAAGAUUCAAUUCAAGCCAGAUGGUAUAGUUUUCUUUAGAUGAUGUUAUUUUCAAAAUUUGAUCUCAAAAUUCUUGCAGAAAAUCCAGAUUCUGCCGAGCGAUGUGCUGUUAUAAUGGGAACUCGUGAACAAAUCUAUGCUGCCACAGAACGUAUCACCGAAAUCGUUAAUCGUAGCCUCGGUGGAGGAGGAACCAAUCAAGAGAAAUUUUAUAUGCAUGUGCCAGCCGAUAAAUGUGGAUUGGUUAUUGGAAAAGGCGGAGAAACUAUCAAACAAAUCAACGCUGAAUCUUAUGCGCAUUGUGAAUUGGCAAGAGACAAGGAGACGAAGAAUGAUGAACGAGUUUUUGAGAUUCGCGGAAAUCCUCAACAAAUUCAUCAUGCUCAGCAUUUGAUCCGAAUCAAAGUUGGAGAUAUUCCACCAAAUACACCUGUUCCUCCAAUGAGUGGUGGAAGUGGAAAUAUGGUUCAACAACAAAUGCAGCAACCACAGCAACAACAAUAUCAGUCAUUUAUGACACAACAGCAACCUCAGCCGAAUAUGUAUAAUCCAUAUACAACUUCGAUGCCGCAACAACCACAGCAAUUUAUGCAACCAGGUAAGAACAUAGUUACAUAUUUCAAUCGAGAAAUGUGUUAGCUCUAUUUUUUAAUUUUAAUUUCUAGUUCAACAACAGCCACAAAUGUGGGGAGCAAUUCAACAACAACAAACCCCACAAAUUUCACAAGUCGCUUUCCAACAGCAACCAAUUGUUCAACCUCAACAAAUAGCUGCUGAUAGAACAGCUCCAAUUAUGAAUCCAAAUACUGGUGCACCGGAUUAUUCAUUGCAAUGGGCUGCUUAUUAUAGGUUUGCUAUUAUAAUUUUUCGCACUAAAAUCCACUAUUAUCCCGUUUUUCCAGAUCGAUAGGACUUGUUGAACAAGCUGCAAUGGUUGAAAAUCGUCUGAAACUCAAUGCACAACCAGCCCAACUUCCAACAAAUUCGAUUCCUCAACAACAACAACAACAACCAACAGGAUUCACACAAAAUCAAGCUCAGUAA